UACGUGGCAGCAGCAGCCGAGCGGCGGCGCGGCCCGGCCCGGCGCUCCCUCCCGCCUGCCCGCCCUUCCCGCGGCCCUCAGCCGAGCGUGAGGCCGGGCCCCAGGCGCGCAGCAGCCGGCAGCGCUCCCGUCCUGCCGCCAUGGGCCAGAACGAUAUCAUGAACACCGCUGAAGACUUCGCGGAUCAGUUCCUGAGAGUGACGAAGCAGUACCUUCCCCACGUGGCCCGCCUGUGCCUGAUCAGCACCUUCCUGGAGGAUGGCAUCCGCAUGUGGUUCCAGUGGAGUGAACAGAGGGAUUACAUUGAUGGCACAUGGAACUGUGGCUAUUUCCUGGCCUCCAUCUUUGUGUUCAUAAAUCUCUUCGGGCAGCUGAGCGGCUGUAUCCUGGUGCUGAGUAGGAACUUUGUGCAAUAUGCCUGCUUUGGACUGUUUGGAAUUAUAGCAUUACAGACUAUUGCAUACAGCAUUCUAUGGGACCUGAAGUUCUUGAUGAGGAAUCUUGCCCUUGGGGGAGGCUUGCUGCUGCUUUUGGCUGAGUCGCGCUCAGAGGGGAAGAGCAUGUUUGCUGGUGUUCCUACCAUGCGGGAAAGCUCUCCUAAGCAGUAUAUGCAGCUGGGGGGCCGUGUGCUGCUGGUCCUCAUGUUCAUGACACUGCUACAUUUUGAUAUGAACUUCUUUUCUAUUCUGCAGAACAUUGUGGGCACAGCCCUGAUUAUCUUGGUGGCAAUUGGCUUCAAGACUAAGCUGGCUGCCUUGACUCUAGUCAUCUGGCUUUUUGGCAUCAACAUCUACUUCAAUGCCUUCUGGACCGUCCCAGCCUACAAGCCCAUGCACGACUUCCUCAAAUAUGAUUUCUUCCAGACCAUGUCUGUAAUUGGAGGUCUCCUCCUCGUGGUUGCACUGGGUCCUGGUGGAGUCUCCAUGGAUGAGAAGAAAAAAGAGUGGUAACAGGAAUAGCAACACUUCUUGGGACAUAAAAUACUAAGUCCAGAACUGAUUCUCUAUGGAUUCAACAAAAACUGCCAGCAUUUUACACAUACAUGUCCCCUUCCUAUUAAAGGCACAGAUGUUUUGAAUUUGAUUUACAGUGGCACCAGUAAUAUAAUAGAUAAAAUCCUAUUUCUUCAAGGAAUGUUGCCUAGGCUUAUUCUAACUUCCUAGAUUUGGAACUAACCCAAGGAACCUGCAUUUUGCUGAUGCUUCAGUGAGUUGCAGUAGAACAGUUGCUGGUUUUAAUGUCAGCAAUGUUUUAAAAUUUGAAAUACUGUGAGCAGAUACAGCUGUAUCAUUCAAUGUGCUGUUGGGUUCUAGCUAUAACUGAAAAAGUGGAUCCCCUUUCUCACCCUCAUCGAAACAGUUUUGUGCAUAAGGAGUUCCAUUACUGGUUAUAGCAUUGCUUAUAAAGGUGGAAAGCAGCAUCCAAAAAAAAAACCCCCAAAAAAUCACUGUUAUUUUGCUGCUCAGAGACCUGUAACUAUAUUUUUGUUUAACAGCAGGGGAGGUCUUUCCUGCCCCCAAACAGAAAGCAAAAAGAAAAGCCUGAAAGUAGUUGUACCUCCCUCUAAGUAAGGAAAGGGAGAGGGUUUUCUAACAUGUCCCAGGCCUGCUCUUGAGGGGAACAAGGGAGAAUCCUGUAUUGCUAAUUGGGAAUCCUGUAUUGCUAAUCAGACUUAAAGAAGGAAGUUGGGGAGAUACUCCUCAAGAGACAUAAUGUUAGAUCCUGUGAAAAUUCUGUGCCAAAACAACUCUUUCCCCAGUUGUCCCUCCUGAAUUCCCAAGAAGGGAGCCAGGUUGUGCUGCAGGUUCCAUAGUAAAAGCUCCUUUCUGCUAUUAACCAGCUACCAUCCAUAUAUGCCCCAAAUCCAUAUCUGAAUUGCAGGUUAUUGGUGAAAGUGUCUUCAGAAUUACAGAAGCUCCCCUUUUCCCCGCACUCAGUACAUGCGAGAUGAGAGCAGCCACUCUUCUAAUCUGUAGUCUUUGCUUCUUAGAUUCACUUCAGUCUGUCUCUCAGCUGUAGAAGUCCCAGCUGACUGAACAGCGGCAGAGCUGGGGUGCUGAACUCCCGAGUGCAGCCCCUGCUGUCUGCUGUCUCGGGGUGCACCUGAGGUGCGUAGGGAGGAAUGUGGAAGUCAGUGGUGUGCUGCCAUAGCCCCGGUUCUCAACCCUGUAUGCAAAUGGUUAUAGCUGAAGAAUGCAAGUGCAUUCACUGUGCAGUGAACAAGCAGCCAGGGAUGUAACUUGUGUGUUCAGAGGGAAGAACUCUUCAGCAUGAUGGUGAGGAGACAGGAAGGCCCUGUUUUCAGCUCUCGGUGCCACAACCUCUGUGCCAUGAACAUGCUUAGUGCUGCUCAGAGGCGGCAUUUUGCCCUCUGCUAGUCAACUAGGUGAACCUCUUUCACUAGAUGAGAAUUCUAGAAAGUGUGAGCCCUACCAACUUGCUUACAUGACAUUGAUUCCUUGCACUGUCUCCCUUGAGAAAGCUGCUCAACUGUUUGUUCAAGGAGUAAUUCAGCUGAAUGUCUCCAGCAGGAGCUAUUUACCAGGGUCUCCUGGUAAGGACACUAACCUGGACAGUUCAGCUUAACGGUUGCUUUUUAGGAGAUGAAACUAGGCAGAAAGAACUGAUGACAAAUAGUGAUUUCAUCAUCUUCAGGGGAAAAUAGCCUAUGUAAUAGCAAGAUGUGGUGCUGCUGAAGGAAACUAACUGGUAUUUGGGGGUAGAUGGGAGGGGAAGCCAGCAUUUAAGGGCAGGUCAUGAAAAAGGUGUUCUUUUUUAAAUAGGUUUUGAAAGAGAAGUUUCCAUCUCCAGUGUUCACUGUGCCUGUCUCUCCAUAGCAAACCAAACUGUCCUUUACAUUACACAUACACAGCACAGGCUGCUUUUUCUCAGUUUCACUGCAGGUCUUACAGUGGUUUUAGACUACAUCAAGGCAACCAUUCUCAGAUACCUUAACUGCUGUUGAUGUCAGUAGCAUUUAUAAAUGGAAUGACAGAAACAACUCCUGUAAGCAGUGCUUAAGUUGGCUUUCUCAGCUUUGUGUCCUGUCUUAACUAAAGAGCUGGAUGACAGACUAGUUGGAAAUACUGACUGGUUUGUGAAAAUAAAGUCCCCUUUCCAACAAAAUACCCCAAGAAAAGGAACUGAAUACUGUCCCUUGCAGCAGAAGUAUUUCAGUACUAAAGGGGCACACUAGGUGAGGGCAUUACAAGGUAUUUCUAGGCAGCACGGUAUGCACUUACUAACUGUGAGUCCUGAUGCAGAAGGUUCUGGUUUCCUACGUACACUGCUGUAUUUGUGCAUCUCCCAAAAAUACAGUGACCUCUCCCCAUGGCUGAGAAGCUCUCACAAGCAGGAUGUCAGCUAUCAAUUGGCUGUGCAAAGUGUUCUGGAAUUCAUUCUGAAUAUAUUUUUGCUCUCUAUGUGGAAAAAUAAAUAAGUAUAAAUUCUCAUUUUAUGCUGUAUUUUGUACCUUAGUUGUGUUUGAAAAUGUUUUGAUUUUUGGAAACAAUCAAAAUAAAACAAUGGCAUCUUUGUAUCCA